ACGUGUUCGAAAUCUAGCCGUCUAGAAAUAAUAACGCCGACGAGUUUCCCGCUCUGUCGACUCUUCUUCCUCCGCCUUAUUGUAAAUACUAAAUAGGGAAACGAGAGAGAGAUCUAAAUCGCACUCUUAAAGCUCUAACAAUGGCGGACGAACUCGGAUUCUUCCAACUCAACACCGGAUCAAAGAUCCCAUCUGUCGGUCUCGGAACAUGGCAAGCUGCUCCUGGCGUCGUUGGAGACGCUGUCGCCGCCGCUGUGAAGAUUGGGUAUCAGCAUAUUGAUUGUGCUUCAAGAUAUGGCAAUGAAAUUGAGAUUGGGAAAGUGCUGAAGAAUUUGUUUGAAGAUGGCGUAGUGAAGCGUGAGAAGCUGUUCAUCACUUCAAAAAUCUGGCUGACUGAUCUCGACCCUCCGGAUGUACAGGAUGCAUUGAACAGAACUCUACAGGAUCUCCAGCUUGAUUAUGUUGAUUUGUAUCUCAUGCACUGGCCUGUUAGAUUGAAGAAAGGCACUGUUGAGUUUAAGCCUGAGAACAUUAUGCCUAUUGAUAUUCCUAGCACAUGGAAAGCAAUGGAAGCACUGUAUGAUUCAGGCAAGGCACGAGUCAUUGGCGUAAGUAACUUCUCUACAAAGAAACUCUCAGAUCUCGUGGAGGCUGCUCGUAUUCCUCCCGCUGUAAACCAGGUGGAAUGUCAUCCUUCAUGGCAACAACAUAAGUUACAUGAGUUCUGCAAGUCCAAAGGGAUUCACCUAUCAGGAUAUUCGCCACUGGGUUCUCCUGGAACAACGUGGGUGAAAGCCGAUGUUUUAAAGAGUCCGGUCCUGGAAAUGGUUGCGAAAGAACUAGGAAAGUCUCCUGCACAAACCGCGCUUCGAUGGGGACUUCAAAUGGGUCAUAGUGUGCUUCCCAAAAGCACAAAUGAAGUAAGAAUCAGAGAAAAUUUUGAUGUAUUGGGAUGGUCAAUCCCAAAAGAAAUGUUUGACAAGUUCUCUAAGAUAGAGCAGGCUAGGUUAGUUCAAGGCACGUCGUUUGUACAUGAGACGUUGAGUCCAUACAAGACACUUGAAGAGCUUUGGGAUGGUGAGAUAUGAUGAAACCAAGACGUCUUUUGUUUGAAUUUUAAAGAUUUAACCAUUUUUCGUUUGAAGAUGGAGAAAACUAUGUUCCACUGUUUUAUACUUUAAUCGAGGGAAAUAAUGUGUAACCGAUUCAACUUUUUCAAUAACAGUUUCUCAAGUACACCAGACAAAUCACUAAGCAUUGUGGUCUAUGAUAAUCAUAAACAAAAAUUAGACUCUAAUAAGAAUUUGAUUCCAUUGGCCUCAAAAGCUUAAUAAUAAAUAUCUUUCAUAAACCAUAGAAAAAUCCAAAAACAUGAAUUCGCAAGCAGAGAAACGAACGAAGCCACAUUGCUAAUAUUAAAUGGAAACCUCAAAAAAAAAA